CCCGAGUGAGAUGAACAGUGUUUGACACCCAGACCAGGACUCGAGAUCGAAGCCAAACAUAUACACCAGGCCAAGGAGGGUUGUUGAGUCAACAGAUGGAUCGAUGGCUGGCUGGAUUCGGCGUCAAGAGAAGGGAUACUGUAUAGUUUGAAUUGGGAAGACGAAGGGCCGAUUGGGAAGUCACAACGCCGACAUGGAUGGUGUUGCAAGGAAGAGUGCCCGCAGAUCUCUAGGCAUCGAGAUUUCCCAACACUGGAUAGGAACCUAGACCUUGAUGGAUGGAUUGCCCCUGAGGUCAAUUUGCUCGCACAAAAAACGUCUUCACCAUGUGCGACGGCCAUCAAUGGCCACCUAUACUCGUAUGCCCCUGGACCCUCCAAGGUAUCCCUGACAGACUUGUACAGCCCGGAUGUGGUGGAUGUCCUCACAGCCUGUGCAGACUUGUACGCUUCAGCUCAUGGACCUACUUACAUAACUAUGCGGAAUCGGGGCUGGAGCAUACAAGCAUGCAUGCAUAGAUGAAAAUAAUACCUCGAUGAGCAAUGCGCUGCUGGCUUGUAGGCCCGCUGAUUGGGCUGUGAAGCCGCACCCCAGCAAAUCUAAAUUCAUGUUGAGCAGGGCGCGUGCUCAAACAGCGUUACGAACAUGUAGGAAAGCGGCAGGCCUAAAAACGGCGCAUCUUCCAGCCAACCGCGUGGCCCCCCCACAUAACAACCUAUACGACGAACGCUACUAUUUUUGAGCCCGACUUGUCGUGGC